GGCGCACACGCCUCCUACCCAAAUCACAGCCCCGUGCAGCCCGGUCUCUCAUUCACAGCUUUCUAGAGAAAUCUGAGCUCCAACUGCCAGGAUAGGGGAUCUCACCCACCCAGUUCAGCCGCGCGCGCGGACACCUGCAGAAACACAUUCUCAAAGCAAGCCUGGGCGGCGGUGUGAAGGAGUGGAAGAAGUCAGAAUAACAAAUCCCAAUGAGCCUGUAAACCCUUCUCAUUGCUCAGGAUGUCCUUGUUGAAGUAAGCAAUGGCCUCGAUUUUCCUUCUCUUUUGGAUGGCCACCACCACAUAGGGCCUGAAUGUCCGGUUGUUUUCCGAGGACAGAAAGAAGACUCUGUAUUUGUCUGUUUUGGGGGCAGCCUUGUAGGAGAACCAUCGAAUGGGCCAAGGAUUCAGCGCGCUUUCAUGUGAAUGGGACCAGUUUCUGUUCUUCCCAAACCUCAGAGCUUAAGCACUUGGGAAGAAGAUUUGGCCAAGAUGACACACUUGCAGGCUGGGCUCAGUCCAGACACGAUAGAGAAAGCCCGCCUAGAACUGAAUGAAAACCCGGACGUUUUACAUCAGGACAUUCAACAGGUCAGAGACAUGAUCAUCACCAGGCCAGACAUUGGGUUUUUACGUACAGAUGAUGCCUUCAUCCUGCGUUUUCUCCGAGCCAGGAAGUUUCACCAAGCCGAUGCCUUCAGACUCCUGGCCCAGUACUUUCAGUACCGCCAGCUAAACCUGGACAUGUUCAAAAACUUCAAGGCAGAUGAUCCCGGCAUUAAGAGGGCUUUGAUUGAUGGGUUCCCUGGAGUGCUGGAAAACCGUGACCACUACGGCAGGAAGAUUCUCCUGCUGUUUGCUGCCAACUGGGAUCAGAGUAGGAACUCCUUCACAGACAUCCUUCGUGCCAUUCUGCUGUCCCUGGAAGUCCUUAUCGAAGAUCCUGAGCUGCAGAUAAAUGGUUUCAUUUUAAUUAUAGACUGGAGUAAUUUUUCCUUCAAACAAGCCUCCAAAUUGACACCUUCGAUCCUUAAACUGGCCAUUGAAGGGUUGCAGGAUAGCUUUCCUGCCCGCUUUGGAGGAGUCCAUUUCGUCAACCAGCCCUGGUACAUCCAUGCCCUGUACACACUCAUCAAGCCAUUCCUUAAAGACAAGACAAGAAAGCGGAUUUUCCUACAUGGAAACAACUUAAACAGCCUUCACCAGCUGAUACACCCUGAGUUUCUGCCCUCUGAAUUUGGAGGAACCCUCCCUCCUUAUGACAUGGGGACUUGGGCCCGGACAUUACUUGGUCCUGACUACAGUGAUGAAAAUGACUAUACCCACACCUCCUAUAAUGCCAUGCACGUGAAACACACCUGCUCCAACCUGGAGAGAGAGUGCUCACCCAAGCCCAUGAAACGAUCUCAGUCUGUGGUAGAAGCUGGCACCCUGAAACAUGAAGAGAAGGGAGAAAAUGAGAACACGCAGCCACUGCUGGCUCUGGAUUGAGCCACAUCAUGUGAUGCUCCCAUGCACAAGCCUCCAGUGGAGCCGCCACCCAGGAAGCACCUGUGCGACCGACCUACAGAGACAUGUGCUCUGCUUGACAUGAGGUCCUCCACUCCAUCCCCAGCCACAACUGUCAGCAACCAUUGGUCUGAGCAGCUCACAUUGGACAAAGAUCUGAGAGAUGCUUUUAAAACUUAAUUUAACUAAUUAAUUUAUGUUUUAGGGAGGGCUUGGAGGGGAUGAAGCAAGGCAUUGAUGUAAAAAGGAUUCUUCCUCCCCACAUAUAUAUGGUAGCAAAUGUACUUAAAAAAAAGGAAAGACUAAAUUUGCUGCAUAUACAUUAGGACAAGAAUUGCUCUAAGGAUUUACACAGGAACCCUCUCCAGGUUUUGCAAAUUAAGAUGAAGUGCAUUUCCAAAUAAAUACAGCAGAAUUAAACCAUGCAGACACAGCAUCAAGUUUAAGGGAGUGCAGAACCCCAAGACAAUAGUAGCUACAAUAAUUUUCAGUUUUAUUGACUUAUUUUCUGACCCAUCACCAGCAUCUAAGUGUUCAGCCUGAGAGCGUGACCUCACAGGUCUGGCUGUUUGCAAAGUUUUUAAUUUAAAUAUCCUGCAAGAAUGAUUUGGACAUCACAUUGUUUAUCAGGCCACCAGCUGACUUCAUGAACUGGUUUUAAAGAAGUCACAGCCAGUUGACAGAUGACUGCUUCAUCUUAGCAAAGUGAUUUCCUGCAGGCAUCAGGGGGAGUGUCUAUAGAGAGGAGACAACUCGUUGAAAACAAAACAAAACAAAACAAAACACUGAUGAACCCAUUCAAGUUAGUUCUUGGGUUUCUACAGUAAAGAAAAGUGCUAGCAAGUCACUUUGUCCCCCCCACCCCCAUGAACUGUGGAGAAAGGCCCUGAGCAGGCACAGUCCUCACACAGAAAGACCCUUAAGGAUGGCUCAGCAUGUAAGUACCAAGCUGAGAGAAGACCAAGAAUGCAAGAUGAAAUGCCAAAGACCAAUCUACUUCUUUAUUCAUGCUCCUUAGAAACGGACCCCUAGUCCCCACUCACAGGAAGUCAGACAGAAAACAGACUCAAAGGUUAGGAUAUUUUAUCUGUGUCAUGUUUCCCAAGACCAGUUGAGUAGAUGUAGAUAUCUUAUUCCCCGCCUAUCUGUACAACAUAGGCACUUACUAAUAUGACCAGAGUGCUUAAUGUCAAAUGAAAAUUUUAAUUGAUAAUGCUUAGUAAGAUAUUUUACAUUUUAAGCAUUUGGUAGGUUGAUUUGUUAGUUGAACAACCUAAAGGAAACAGGAAACCAAUUCAACUUUCAACCAGCCAUAGUACCUAAACAAUAUUGCUAAUUGUGGGCACCUCUCUUCUGUCUCCCUUCUCUUCUUGCCUCUUCUCAGAAUUUCUGUGUCUCUUGCUGUUUCUCCCUUUUCUCUUCUUAUCCCUUCUCCUUUGUUUUUUUUUCUGUCUCCCUCCCUCCCUUCCUUUCUCCUCCCCCCUCCUUCCCAUGCUGGAGAUCAAACUGAGGGCCUUGUCAUUCUAGGCAAGUGUUCUACUCCCGCACCUGAGACAUUCUAGAGACACACACUCUUUCUCAGUUCAUCUACUAGUUUAUUAUUUUUUUCUACUAGCAGAUAAUAGUAACAGAACCUAUUUUUAUGUUCCAACCUUGAAGAAGUAAAAUUAGAACAGAAUUGAAAGUACUUCUCAAACAACUGCACCAUAGAAUAUAAAAACACCAAUUCAUUUUGUAUAGACCUUUUGAAUUAUAAAAUAACAACCCUGAAAAAUGUCUACCAAGGCAUUGGUGAAAACUCUUUCCUUAUGAUACAAGUAAGAGAAAGGAAAAAUUAAAGUCAAUUAGAAAAUCUUUUAUUGCUUGGGUUUAUAAAACAAAUGUAGGAUCCAAGUACUCAAAAUGCUGUUGGAGUCAACAACUGCCAACUCUUGUAACAAUAAUGGUUCUUCUGGCUUUUCACAUGGCAAUAUUUAGAAUCCUACUGUAAUGACCAUAUUUUAAAAACCUUGUUGUAUUUCCUAUCAAUUGCUAAUUUCCUCUCAUUUCCACCAUUUUAUUACAUGAAUGUAAGGUGAUGGUUUAACAAGGAGAACAUAUGGUUUGCAUUUUGUUAUGUGUAUGUAAUAUGUAAGAGAACUAAAUCCAAUAGGCGACCGAGUGUUACUCCAUGAACACUGGAUUGUAUUGCCUUUUGCCAGUAAGUUCUGCCAUUUAAUAAAUACUGAAGAACACAAA